AUGGGGCGUCUUAACGAGUACCAGGUCAUUGGAAGGCUGCUUCCUUCGGAACAGCAACCUACCCCUAAGCUUUACAGAAUGCGGAUUUUCGCCCCUAACACUGUGGUCGCCAAGUCCCGCUUCUGGUACUUCAUGUCUCAGCUCCGCAAGAUCAAGAAGUCCAACGGCGAGAUCGUUUCCCUGAACGUGAUCACCGAGAAGCGCCCUCUCAAGGUCAAGAACUUCGGUAUCUGGAUCCGCUACGACUCUCGUUCCGGUACCCACAACAUGUACAAGGAGUACCGUGAGAUGUCCCGCACUGAUGCCGUCGAGGCUCUCUACCUCGAUAUGGCAGCUCGCCACAGAACUCGCUUUGGUAGCCUGCACAUCCUGAAGGUUGUUGAGAUCACCGACAACGAGAGCCUCCGUCGCCCCUACAUCAAGCAGCUCAUCCAGAAGGACCUCAAGUUCCCUCUGCCCCACCGCUCCGCCAACCCUGGCAAGAAGAUCUUCGCCUACUCUCGCCCCUCCACCUUCGCUUAA